AUGGAUACAAGAAAGUACGGUUCGAAAUUGGUGGGGAAGAACAUUUUGGUGUUUGGUGGUACUUCAGGCAUUGGUUACUGUGUCGCAGAAGCGGCUCUUGAGCAGGGAGCGAGUGUGUUUAUCUCCGGUUACAAUCCAAAUAAACUCCGGUCUGCUGUAUCAAACCUCCUUGAGGCAUAUCCAACAGCAGCUAAUCGACUGAACGGAAAGACAUCUGACCUAUCCGUGGCGGAGAAGCUCGAGGAAAACCUCACUUCAUUUCUGGCCGCAGCCACGGAGACCUCCAAGAUCGACCACAUUGUCUUCACCUCUGGAAAUGACCUCCACAUCGGUCACGUCUCCAGCAUCACGAUUGACCAAGUUUAUGCUGCCGGCGCCGUGAGAUUCUUUGCCCCGAUUAUCCUCGCCAAACUUUCUGUCAAAUUUCUUCGACCCGGGCCAGAAAGCUCCAUUACGUUCACCGGAGGAGCGGGGUCGCAGCGUCCGCCUCCCAAUUUCGCCAUCGCAGGAGCAUACACUGCAGGAUUAGAGGGAUUGGCCAGGGGCCUUGCGGUGGAUCUAAAGCCCCUGAGAGUGAACGUGGUUGCAGUCGGCGCUGUGCAUACAGAGAUGUUGGACAAAGCUGUACGCUCGCAGAGCGGGCUACUUGAAGCCUUCGAAUGUCAAACAACCGUUGGGAAGCUUGGCAGACCCGAGGACGUCGCUGAAGCAUACAUUUAUGUGAUGAAAGACCACUUCAUCACGGGGUCUACCAUCGCAACAAAUGGAGGAUUUCUUUUGGCCUGA